UUGCUGAUUAUGAAAAAUAAAGAAAAUUACAAAAAUAAAGUCAAAAAGAAAAUAAACAGUGCUAAUAAUAUAAAUAGAGUUAGUAAACACAAUUAUAAAAAUAUUGAAGCUAAAAUAAAUAAUGAAAUCAAAAUAGCCAAGCCCAGAGAGUUAAUUGAUGCAACUUGGAAAAGCAAGAUAGAUAAUAGUAUUAGCAUAUUGAUAUUUUGGUUGAACUUUAUAAGUAUUAUACUUAACUCAUGCUUGAAUCAAGUUGGCAGACAAUCAAAUAAAGUAAACAAAGAUGUAAAAAUUAUUGAAAGUAGUACCAAAACCUUAGAUAUUGGUAAUAUACUAAGUGAAGAACUUCUGCAAAUCAAAAGUAUAGAUGACUCUAUGAUGAAACAUCAAAUAGAUAUAACAAAUAAGAACUUUGAUAAUGUAGAAUUGAAAGUGAAAAUGUAUGAUAAAAUUGAUGAAAUAGAUUUCUGUAAUAUAAUAGUGAAAUUAGAAUUGGUGUUUGUAGAGAAAAUAAUAUUGUUUAUUGCAAUAUUGAUGUUUAUUGUCAUAAUGAGACCUAAUGUAAAUAGUUAUGCUGGUCUAGGUUGUGAUCAAAAAGUGUGUGUAAUUAAUUGUCAUUUAGUUGAAAAUAUUAAUUAUAGAGAAUAUAUAAUUAAUAAUAUCGAGUUUAAGAGAAAUUACAAACUAAAUAGAGAUAAUAAUAAUUUUGAGGACGAAGUAUAUAGGGAUCUAUCUCCUCUAUAUAAUAAAAUUAUUGAAAUAAGCACAAAUGAAUAUAUGGAAAAUGAAUUAAAUGGAAUUGAUUUCAAGUGUGAUAUUUCUUUUGAAGAUUUUGAGGAUGAUCCAAAAAAGAUAUCAAAUAAAAUAAAAAAUACAAUAGCCUCACAAUUAUCUACUUUUCGUUAUAGAUGUUCUCAGUGUCAAAAUCUUGCCAAAAAACCUAGAAAACAUAAAAAUGUUAAAAAUCAAAGAGAUCAAUUAUCAAUACAACAAUUUUAUUGUAAGAGCACUAUUAAAAUUAUAAUUAAUAUAGAGGCCAGUUAUGUAUCAGUUCAUCUUAAACAUUCUAUAUUUCACAAACAGCCUGAUAGAUAUAGAGUUAAACUUGAAAUUCAAAAAAAUUUGCAUUUGAGUCCAAGUGAAAUUUAUAAACAAUUAGAAUAA